AUGCAUAUCUGGUGGCUAACCAGCUAUCUCCGUCAACAACGACCCACCGUGAGGCCUCUCGCGGAAUUUCCAGCAGAGCUGAUCGAACUAAUCGGAGACGCCUCCCAUAGCCAGAGCGAUCUGCUGGCUCUAUCACAGACCUCUAGAAGAAUUUACGAGAUCCUAGAGCCACGAUUCGUCCCCUUCAACAUCAAGAACCACCGUUGUUCAGGCCUUCGCUGGGCAGCUGGCCGUGGCGACAUCGCUCUCGUGAAAGCAUUCCUCCGCCGUCCAGACGUUGAUGUCAACAUCAGCAAAUUCGGCAACUCGCUUGCGUUCAACACGGAAGUAUAUGACAUGUCAAUGCUGACGCUAGGGACUAAACCCCACGCACCCCUCCGCAUCGCCAUUGAGGCCGGCCAUGAGGAUAUCGCAGUCCUCCUCCUGGACCACGGGGCAGACCUUAGAUGGGCCGCGCCGUCCUCCCCUGCCUCGCUACUGAACGAUGUCGCAAGGAAAGGUCAAGUAACCCUCGCUCGGAAGUUGAUUGAAAUGGGCGUUGAAUCGCCCCAUCCAACGAUCGCGGUAAACACGGGGAACAUACCCAUGUUUGAGCUAUUGCUGGCUGCUUGGGAGAAACACACGAGUCCCCUCUCUCCUUCCAGUAUGUCCUAUUUGCUAGACCGUGCUGUACAGCGAGGACAUAUGGGAAUUGUCCGGGCUCUACUAGCCAGAGGUGCUCAUGUAGAUGGAGUUUCGCUAGCCUUAUUUCAGACACACCUAUACGAUGCUAUAGAGGGUAGGAAGACAGAGUUGGUCGAGCUGCUUUUGGAGCACGGGGCUAAUCUAUGUCACCAUCUGCUCUCUCUCGAAUGCACACUCGAGUUUGGUGACUAUUCACUUCCACGACCCCGGGGUGAUGCCGAGCAACGCAGAGGUAUAGUGCGAGUUCUUCGAAAAGCGUCCACUGCUAUCCAAGACUACAAGCAGCGUGAAAUGUUGGACAAAAUAUUCACACGUUGGGAGUAG